AUGAAGUACAAAGAGAUCCCCAAUUUUAUUUUCUUAAUCACAUUAAGUUUUAUAAUCAUCGGAUUCAUUGCUUCGAUAUCAGCCAAACCUUUAUCUUUCGAUAUCGAAGAAGUCACUUCCUCAAUUCAACCAUCUAAACGCGAUAUCUAUGAUAAGCGCUCUGAAGACUUUAAAAGAGAUUAUGAUGGCGAUGAUAGCGAUGAUAGCGAUGAUGGAUACGAAAAACGUCAUUUAAUUUCCAAAGUAAAAAGAGAUUAUGGGUAUAAUCAUUAUCACG